AAUGUGGGGUUUUCUUUUGUGUUGGCAUUCCUGGCACCCAGAACUGCAGUGGUUGGGCAGCUUUAUGAAAAGAGCCUAGUAACAGCCCCUCGCCUGGUUCUUUAAAGAUUACUGUAAGGAACAUCCUAUUCUUAAGCAAGUGUACGUAUCAGAAGCACUUUCAGAUUUGUAUUUAGCAUGUAGUGUGUUGAAAAGGAGUGGUGUGACAUAUAGAUGUUUUAAGUACCCGCUUGAUAAAAAGAUUGCACAUGCAAAUGUGUUCAGAUGGGAAAAGGAAGUUUGUCACUAGUGUUGUGGGACAUGUAGCAACCUUGUAUUAAAGAUAAAAUGAGGGAACAUCGGUGCUGUGAAGCAGGGAGUGGUAGGAGAUGCUUGGUGGCCUUUAGGCAGAUAGAAAUCUCUUAAACUGUGCUUUGGUCAUAGAGCUGAGCCAGUCUAAGCCCUGGCUGCCACCCAAAGGGGUCACCCCUUCCCCAUACUUUCCCUCCCACAUCUCACUAGGCUUCACAUGUUUCUCUUCUCUUUUGUACUGACACUUGCACUCAUCUGAUCUGUCAGCAAACCUAUUCAGGGGCACAGACAGAAAAGUCUUUUUGUUUUGUAGGGUUAGUUUUCAGCUGGUUUAACUCCCUGAACCUUCAUUCUGUACAGCUCCAGUACUGGAAUAAGGGGAGCAAUCCUGUCCCUUUCAGUUGUGGCUGUAAGCUCAGUUUAGCUGGAUUGCUGAACAACACUUAGGUCUCAUGGCUUAUUUGAUAGACCCAGAAACAAAAGCUGUGCUCUUCUGCGACAUUGUACCGGAGCAAUAUAAUCUUGCUGAAAAGUAAGAAAGCUUAAUGGUGCAGGCCUGGUAACAUUAACCCAGCUACAUCGAUUCUGGGGCCUAAAUUAACAUCUCUGUGCAGUGUUGAAUUGUGCUGUAUAAACACAGAAGUUUGAGAAGGUGCCAGCGCAGUUAUUUCUGUGCCAUGCUGUGUUUCAGUCGGUAGAUGUGCACUUAGUAUAUGCAAAACUACUUUAUUAAAGGGGAUGUUGAAAGCUCGGGUCAGAGGAAGAGCCUGGGUGUUCCCAAAAAAGGUGACACCCUUCUUCGUUAAGUGUAUACCAAAAUGUUUCCUGAAUGGAGCUGGUUUGGAAUUUGUAUUUCAGGGGGUCCCCCUGUGUUUUCAGCACUGCAGCUCAGCAGAGAAGUACAGGAGAUGAGUGUGGCCCAGAAGAUCCCCGUGAUGAGCCCAAGCAUCCUCUUUCUGACUGUGCCUUACAGCACAAAGCCAUCAAAUUGGAAGAACAAGUCCGGGAUUUAACUGAGCGAUACCGGAAAGCCUUGGCAGAUUCCGAGAAUGUCCGGAGGAGAACGCAGAAGUUUGUGGAAGAUGCCAAGCUCUUUGGGAUCCAGAGUUUCUGCAGGGACCUUGUGGAGGUAGCAGAUAUCUUGGAGAAGACUGCUGAGAGUGCUGCAGAAGAAGCAGAGCCUAGUAAUCCAAAUCCAACCCUGAAGAAAAUCUAUGAAGGCCUGUCUCUCAUAGAGGCCAAAUUGCAAAGUGUAUUUGCCAAGCACGGCCUUCAGAAGAUGAACCCUGUUGGUGGCAAAUAUGAUCCAUAUGACCAUGAAAUCGUCUGCCAUGUACCAGCCGAGGGAGUGCAGCCGGGCACGAUAGCGCUGGUGACUCAGGAUGGCUAUAAACUCCAUGGUCGCACCAUCAGACACGCACUCGUCGGCGUGGCAGUAGAGUCACAGGAAUGACAUGGGCUUACCUGUUGACAUCUGGGACCUUACUGAGCUGAGGAACCCUCAGCUCUUGGUCACAACUGCAGCUGCAUGUCUUUACUUAUUUAUUAAGCUAGGUUUGUAUUGUAUGUUGGCUUCUUUAUAAUGUGUGCAGUCAUUUUGCCAUUAAUUCUAAGGUACUUGUAUAUUUAAUAAUCCUUUUUGGAGUACAUGGAGUAGUACUAGGAGUCCUGCUAUUUGUCAGAAAUAUGGCACUGUAGCCCCUUUCUCCAUUGCUUGUUUCUCCAUUAAGACUUGUGUGGGGAAGAGGGGAGAUACGGGAGAGAAAGGGAAAUUCUCUGAGAGCUAAGGAAUCUUGUCUCCUGGUUCUAUCUCUGAGACAGACUCCUGCAGUGACCUUCAGGAAAGUAACUUCUCUGCCUCAGUUUCCAUGUCUGUAUUAAGGGAAUAUAAUAAUACUUACUGACCUACCUCACAGGGAUGUGGUAAGGCUUUUUCUUUGCAAUGGGCUUGGAAGAGGAAAAGCCCAAAGGACUGAGUAUUAUUAUCAGGCUGAUUUUGGUGUCUCCCCUUGUCCCCAGACCCUUUGGGUGGGUAUGAAGAUGAUCCUUUGAAAUGACAUUUAGGGGCAGCUUUUUCUUACGUCACUUCAGGAAAACAAUCCUAAAUUAAUGAAGAAAUCUCUGUCAUACUACAGUUGAAUAGGAAUGAGGUUUUAAAAAUAAUUCUGUUGUUGGGUCAGACUGAUGUUAAUAUUUUUGUCUCCAGGUAAAAUUUCAACUUGCUUCCUUGUUUCUAAAGGUAAAACAGGGAGUAUUGGUUCUUGGUGGAGCCAGAAAACUGUUCUCGCAUCUCUUCUUCUCCAAUCAAAAAGUAUAUUUUAGAGGAGGGUAAUUUCUCUUCCCUGAUGGGUAUUUGUGCAGCUUUCAAGCAUGAUAAACUAUAUGCUUUUCAUUGCAGCUGCUGGCAAAAUGGAGAUGAAGCAGGAUAUCUGGACUGUUUUAUUUUUUCAGCUCUUCCAAUAACGGUACUCUGAUAACACUAACUUCCAGUACAGAUUCAGAUUCUGCUUUUGUGUGGUCAUAGUAAAUAUUAAACCUUUUGGGGUUUGAUACAAGGAGAAAAAUCUUUUCUACUAAAAGUCUCAAGUGCCCUUGAACCAAUUUUAGCAGCGGUGACAAGAAAGCGAGAGAAGCAGAAAGCUGAGGAAGUGAAAGCUGACCUCGAGACGUCCUCUUAGUUAGAGGCAUGUUGUUGUCGCAGUAUGGCAUAUGUAUUUCCCAGUGGUCAUUUUUCCUGGGAGUCCAUUUAUCUCAGCUGAAAGGAUGCAGUCACCGAGUAAGAUCAGAAUUUAACUCUUUACAGAGCAGUGAGCAGUAUAAUGACAGAAGAGUUCUAUAAACCAGCCUAUGGUCUGCGUUACACAAAGCCAAGGCAGGAAUGGUUGUUUUCAGGUGGUUUCUUACAGAUUGGUUCAUUUCUGCCGCCUUUGCUUUCUGGAAUUGGAUCCAUAGCCUGACAGUUAUGAGAUCCACUUCCAGAAAGUCUUUACUUGCGGUGGAUGCCAUCACUGGUUUGGAAGAAAGCUCAUUCUUCUCCCGUUCCUUUGCAGGCUUCAGUGCGUAAUCCUUUUGUGGUGGACUUCAAGAUUACCGCAUCGUUCAAUUAGCAGCUAUCGACAGUCUUUCAUCUGGGGAGACUAUGUGCAGCUAGUUGGUUGUCACUCUAGAAAUAUAAGGAAGAGGCACAUUUCUGAUACGCUCCGUGCAAGCAGCUUUAGUGACAGCUGUGUGGGGGUGACUCGGUGGUGGAUACUUUUUGAAGCACUGUUUUCUGCUUCUGCGUAGUUAGGUUUUCAGGCAGGUACUUGAGAUUUCAACCCCUGAACAGUGCUUCACGGCAGCGUUAGAUCACUUCGGAAAAAGCUUGUUCAGUGCUCUUGUUUUAUCACGCUGUUGGAAAUUUCAGAGAUGUGCAGGAUUUCUGUUCAGUUUUUUGCCGGUCUACAUGCUGACUGGGUCACCAGGUUACGCUGUUACUCAAGACAAAGAACAGGUAAAAUAUGAAACUUGGCAAUGCAAGUCUUGCUGUUCUGCCUCAGGACUGUCUGCAGCCUGUUCUGAGGAAAUGUGUCUUCAGCUGGAAGGAGCAGUUGGAUUCUCUGCUGCUUCUUCAGCCCCUGCUGUAUCAGCUGAGUCUUUUUGCAAUAUGUGGAAAGAGCUGGUUAGGGAAACUUAACUUUGAAUGUGAAACUAUUUGUAAGGAACUAAACAAAAGCAAAGGCAUUUUACACAACAGGUAGUUUUCUGUCAUAGAAAGGCAGCAGCUUAGCUGAGCUGGAUUUAAAAGUAGUGUGUGAUCAAAAAUGAUGGGAUCCAAAAUCCUCUUUAAACUGACCCAUGGAGCCACUUGACUGUGAAAGUAUCUACAGCUGCUUGGUCCACCACCGGGCUGUUUGCCAAGCCUGUCUGUCUCCUCAGCCAGUAUUCACCCAUUUUUGCCUUAAAGAAAUACUCUAAAAUGCACUCCAGACUUUCUGUCUGUACUAGGAGGUUAGUGAUUCAGCUUGUGUAUCUGGGAUCCGCUUUCACUGAGGCACUGUUGUUGGCUAGAGCAGGAAUCUGAGGGAUCCAGUUCCUGCACAGUCUUUCUCACCCUCCCACAGGCCCUGUUUAAUUUUGGGCAAGCUAUUUUCCCAGUUCAUGCCCCAGCUUUUUAAAUCUAUGAAACUUCUACAGGAUCUUAUUGGGCUUUUAUGAUGAAUACUGUAAGAUGUACCCAUUGCUUAGAGACUCUUUUACAGAAGUUACCAAAGAGAUAAAUACUGUAGCUGUUGUUUGUCCUAAUUUCUGCUUCCUUUGAAUGGUGAAGUGAAAAUGAAAUAACCAAACCUGGAUUCCAUCAGAGAAUCCAGAUUUUCUAGGCAAAAUUUGAUUCUCUUGCCUUUCAAGCACACUUAAUGAUUUUUUUUAUCAUGGAUGAGAUUGCAUAAGGGCGGAUAGUAUUUCUCCUUUGUAGGUUCUUGCUCCCUGAUUGUGUAAAGAUUGCACACUCAGCACAGUGGGGCGGAGUCCCAGUUGGUGUGACUCCGUCGCACUCUGCCAUUACGCCAGAGAGGAGACCUGCCCGUCAGCUUUUUCUCUCAGGUCACUUUAUUGAAUGACUGUUUAAUACCACACAGGAGUAUGUUAGCAGGGACCGAAUAGCAGAGGAGAGGAAGUGUCAUGUACCUCUUUGUCAUUUCCACUCCAUUUGUCUGGCCGUGAAUGGAAGAGCUCGCUCUGGGAAUGCAGACAACUAGAUAAGACAUGCACGUGGUGGUGAUGUGUGGACCUGCAUUCCUGCUUUCGGGAAGUGGGCAGCCCACUGGCCGUGGGCAUUUGCCAUGUUCUGUGACCUUGCUGUACCCCAUCAGUGGGACGUGUUUGAGUUGAGCUGCUGGACGAGGCUCCAGUGGCACUGUCUCGUGAGCAUGGCAGCAUCUUAACUCUGACCAGGGGCAGUGCAGAAUGUGAAUGUUGCUUUGUGAACCUUAAAUUCUCUGCUUCAUCAGCAGAGCUUCUGUUGAAAGAGACAGCUGUGAUACAUCGAUAGCUAUUAGUCCUUUAAUUUUUU